AUGUCAUCGUCGUCUGGAGGGCACACUCCAGGCGAUGUGGCGGCGCCAAAUCCACUUCAUAACACGAGCAAAUACAAGGUCUAUGUGCAAGCAGUAGAUAGAGCUUUGAAGACGUUCGAAAAUCCUAAUGAAUGGGCAGAUUUGAUAUCUGCCCUUGCGAAACUGGCUAAGGUCUUCCAAUCCAAUGCGAAAUUCGGAGACAUUCCAAAACCUGUCACUGUUGCAAAGCGUCUUUCACAAUGUCUUCAUCCUGCUCUUCCAAUGGGGGUUCAUCUUAAAGCCCUGGAGACAUACAGACAAAUUUUUGAUAUUCUCGGUCCUCAGUCGUUGCCGAAGCUCUUAUAUUUGUUUGCAGUCGGUUUAUUUCCUUUGAUGGAUCAUUGCGGUAUCAAGGUCAAAUCCGAGUUGUUCAAUAUUUUCGAGCAAUACCUUUUGCCAUUAGGUCACAACCUGAAGCCAGCACUACCCGGUUUCUUAGCAGGUGUAUUGCUUGGCCUAGAAGAAGGAACAGAAUUUUAUGAAAGAUCUUUGUCCGUUUUGGAUCGUGUUUGCGAGGGAGUUGGAGAGCGAGCGUUUUUUGCAUGUCUCUGGCAAGCUGUGCUCGGAUCGCCCUCUGUUCGACUCCCUGCAAUGUUAUAUGUCAAUGCGAAGUUUGACAAAACACGUACACUAGACGAUCAAAUAGCUAUUGUUGGAGAUCAUGUUAAUCACAUGGUUGCCGCUUUGUGUGCCGUUGCUAACGACUCAGGAUCUCCUCUAGUACAGCGUAAUUUACUUGACUUCUUAUGUGCAGCGUUCCCUUUAGACAGUACUAACCUCACAAGUGAAGAUUUUGUGCAGUUAUUAAAGCGGUGUAUGUUUGUUGUACUUCGUCGAGAUAUGUCUCUGAACCGGCGGCUUUAUACGUGGUUGAUGAAUCCAACAGGAGGAACCGUAGCCAUUAGCAGCAUUGCUGUCGGCGAUGAUGUUGUGGAAUCUUCAUUUUUUAUCGACAAUGCUCUUCCGCUCAUAGUUAGAGCGUUAACCGAGUAUCUGCAGCUCGAUCUCGUCGAAAUUCCCCAGGCUUCAACGAAUGCCUGGGCAUAUGGUUGGGGUGAUAAGAAGGAGAGUGAGCUACACCAGUUUGCUGAAGUUCGUGUUUGUCGACUACUGUUGUACUUGCAAGAUCGUGCAGACAUCGGUGUGCCCGUUCUCAACAAAGUUUUUGCGCUGCUCCUAAUACGAAUGGCGAGUGUCCGCGAAACAUUGACGCAGGAACGUGUGUUAAUUAAAGACACUAUGAAUUCCGAGGUCUCUCUUGAUCGUAGUAGUAUGCGGUUGUCUCUGGAGCUGAAGAAAAGUACAUCUUCAUCUCGAAUUGGAACGUUGGAAUCGGCAGAUGAAAAGGAAAAAGACAGGGAUCGACGUCUUGACGAGAUAUCAAAAACCUUCAAUCUACUGCUGAAUUCACUGGAACCAGGAUACUUGUUCGACUUUUUGGGUAGCUGGUUCAGAAGUCUAAUUAAGGAAACUCCAUGCUCUGAUGAGAUAGCGCAGUUUGCAAGAGUUGUCGUGUUUUGUCUUGAAACAUGUAAUCUUGAUGGAGAUCCAGCUUUACGUGCUCGGUUUCUGCCGACAAUGCUUUGCCUGAUAUUGGGUGGGCUACACAACGAUGAGAAGCUUGUAGAAAUCGAAACUCCUGUCUUACUUCAGGUAAUCGAAGUUUGUAAUAGACUACUGGCAGAGAUUUCGCAGAGUGGGACAAUUGAAGCUAGAGUGCCAAACGGAGAUAUAUCGGACACUUCUUCAAGUGCAAGCCCUAAGAAACAUGUUACAAUAACUCCGACGGUAACAGGCGCUAUCGAUGAAGAUCAAGUUCUCAUGGAAUCAUGCGUAAAUGAAUGCCUUCUACUGUUCUCAUCUGUUUGUCGUAUUUACGUCGCAAACAGAUCAAAUGUACUACUUCCUCUACUUACUGCUGUGUGCACCCUCACCUCCCAGUUUGUGGACUAUCCGCUGUAUUGCUUUGUGGUUCAUCACCAGAGCGAUCAAGUACUACCAGAGUGGCUUCAAGACGUCCUCAAAGUUGUCGACGCACCCUCAUGGAUACAAAAGUUGUCCUCUUCAUCGCAGGUGAUCGACGCUUCUGAUCUGUCCGCUAGAACAGCCGUUUUUGAGUUGGUCCUCUCCAUCUAUUUGAAAUGUGUUUCGGUCCUUUCGCAACAUGAAGCAAUCAGGCGAAGACUGGAAGGUCAAAAUUCCCUUGUCGAUGAGUGUGAGGAAAGUCCCACUACGGUGUUGUUAAAACCUUUACUAUUUACUUCGCAGCUGAAUAAGCUCGAGAAGGACAAAGUUUUUGAAUAUUGCGGUCAUGCGAUCUGGCUCGCACUUGGGUUGCCUUGGUGUGCCUAUGAGCAUGAACGCUUGUCUCGUUUAUUGGUACUUUUGCAUUCGAGGAAGCCUACCGAACCGAGUAGUGACGUAGAGAAUAUAGUAGUAUCUGCACUCACCACUAACGAUACGAUGGUCAGUACAGAAGCUGCACAAACCUUCCAUCGUGUGUGGAUGCUAACGCGAAACAACGACGAUCAGCCACCGCUUUCUACGAAACCCUUCAAUCGAGCCGUCAUGUUGUUGCUGGGUGUUUUGGCGGAUGAAUCAGUUACAAGAGCUCGAACUGAACUGAAAAGCGCAGCUGCUGCUUGGUUCACGGAUUGUGCGAAACACAAUGACCUUCCGAGGAUCGUUCAGAUGCUUGCUACUAUGUUAAUGAAUCCUGUAACUGCACGAAUUUCUAUCCAGUACAUCUUCCAAGAAACGAGAUUGUCCCGUGAUCAAUUCUCUCUACUUCCAAACGACGUGUCAGUGGUUACUCUGGUCACAUCUGAUGGAAAACAGCGUCUUUAUCAUUUUGAUGGUCCAGUUAAUGAAGGAGCCUGGCAGUAUGAGCUGAAAAAUCGCUUGUUGCUAUCUUCGGAAACUGGUGCAUCUGAAAUGGAGCCAACGGUUGUCUCCACUUGCACUGUUGGUGGGGGGGAUAUCCCGAACUUUGAUGAAGACACGGAUUCCCUCGAUACACUAUCUAUAUCGUUGGAUGGAGUGGACAGUGGUGUUGUCGAAACUCUGCAAUUUAUAAUCGACUAUAUAGUGGAAGAUGAAGAAAGUGAAUUAGAUAAUCAGCGACGGCUAGAAUCCGCUCUUGCCAGCGCACCACCUGAAGGGGAAUCUGUGAUUUUUAGAAACGACGAGGGGUCUGAGGCGGAGACAUCAACGGCAUCUGCUGUCACUUCGCGAACACACUUCGAAAACGGUGAUCGUCCCGCACAGUUGGGUGGAGACAGCGUUGCUAGAUUCAAGAAGGGACAUCGAAGACAAGAUUCUUUGCAGGAGAGCAUAUUCAGCAUGACGGAAAAAGAGCUGAAAACUUUCGACACCACAGAGUUGUUGCGUCCUUCGGUUGAUUCAUCGUCUGAAGGAGUGAGUUUAUUCCACGAACUCCACGUACACAUGCUCCUGUACGGUGAGAGCGGUAGAGUCGUAGACUUGGGCAGAGCUGAAACAGCAUUUCGGAUUCUGACAGCACUGUUAUGUCCCCGAGGCUCCCCUGUUGCGAAUCGCAUGUUGCUCAGCUGCCUAGUUUCUUCCGGCACCGCUGCUCUAAAUGGGGAUAGUGGAGGCGUCAGUUCACCCCUUACGGGGUCACUUGUAGAUCUAAUGGCAAAGCACGUACGAGCCAUUCUCGGCCAACAUUUUUGGGGGGCUACUGGCGAUGAAGAUGUCACAAAACAUAGACAUCUUACAUUGCUUGAACUCUUGAUCACAAUUUCUCUGCACUUUCUACGUUCGUUUUUCUUGAACUCUCCCAUCUCUCCUGUUACAGAAGCUGAUCUGGUAAUGGCGUGGAAAUGCAAGAUAUCUGCACUAGAUUUUCUGUCGGAGUUGCUCAGUGAACUUUGUGGAAUGAUUUCUGAACAACAGUCGCGUCCUUUCGUUACGUUUGUGCAGUCAGUACUAUCCAGAUCAAAAUUGCAGAAAUGCCUCUUACAUCUUCUUCUCACCGCUGUUCAUGAUCCAAGAGCAAGUGCUGAGCCUGGUCAAACCAUGCCACUAUCUGUGUCUAUAUUCGAGUUCAACGAGGGCGCAUCAUCAAAUGUGCGAAGGCGUCUGGCAGGGUUGUUAUCCGCUUACAAUCGUUCGUUAUUGAGUGUAACAGCACAGGCGAUCAGAUUAGAAAGCGAUAUAAAAAAUGGAUACUCCACUUAUGGAGAUAUGAACACUUCGGGUGUGAUCUUAAACAGGCUUGCCGUAGCUCAGCACAUUUACAAUAUUCCACCACAUCGUGGUACAUUGAGGGAAUCAAAUCCAUCGCUAGUAGAGCUCCGUGCUUUUCUCUUGAUCGUUCUCAAUGCAUUGAAGAAACAGCCUGAACACCACGAAAUGUGGUUCCAAUUUGUCAUAGAAAUUCUGCCGUGGAUGGAGAGGUCAUUAGCCACGGUAAUGGUACGCGUUGUGGAACAACUUUGUAAGAACAUAGAAACAGCUGUUGCAGUUUGUUUCAUUAAUAAUGAAAGCAAAAAUACGAACGACGUCACUAACAGAAAAAGUGAAAGCGACCAUAAUUAUCCAGCUUGUUUCAUCACAAUGACAUUAGAGACAAUCACUACGUUGGUACACUUUUGUGUUGUUGAUACGCCAGUUUCUGGAUCUGCAGUUCAAACCACCACACCACCACCAGUGGGCCCGACACCCGGUGGAACAAGUAUGGUUGGUCAGGCAAUAGCUGUUAUUCCUGGCACCAAAGGAGCAACGGAGCUGUUUUCGAACCUCGUAAAAGUGUUCAGCUUUGGAGAUUCGACAUCGGCAGGCGGUGUGAAUCUGUCGAAACUGGAAGGUUCACGUGGAAGUUUUGCUCUGAGACAAGCUCGUAACGACAUGCUCACCUCGCUUCCCCAUGCUCUGGCCACAAUUUGUGACUUAUGGACUGUCGUAAGGAACAAAGAAGAACCACUACUCCCGUUAGGUUCCCCACAGCAUCUGCGGCAACUGAUGCUCGAUUUACUCUCACCAAUUGCUCAGCAUCAUCAGCAAGCGUUUCUCACUGCUUUGUCCUUAGUCUGGUUGACUCGCUCUGGAGCAGGUGUCGCAUCGAGCAGAAGAAUUGACCCCGACCAACCUAAUUUCCAAUAUACACCUGCACAACACGACAUUGCAAAUCUUCUGCUGAGUCUGAAAGUGAUAUCAUUCGAAGAACUCGUUACGGCAGUCUCCGAAACACUCAAAGAAGUAGGUGUGAAAGCGACGAAGCUUGGAGCAGGAGAAAAGGCUUCAUUCCCUACGGAAGCGCCUCUACUUGAGUUGGUACAUGGCUGUGUAAAGGCUCUGCCGACUGUUCAACUACGGUCUUGCUGGGUGCCUUUCCAGUCACUUUUUGCGGAUGCACCGCUAGCUAAUCUUCCACCCCGUGCUAUUUUUCUUCUUUAUAUAAUUCUUUGUGACUAUGUCCGAUGUGCUGGCGCGUCCUACAUAGUUGAGGAUAAGGCUAUGUCUCGAGCAGUCCAAGAUGCAGUACAACGGUUGACUGAGGCUGUUAAUGCCGUUGUUGGGUGGCAGUUGGAGACUACGACGUGGUUGAAGAGAACCCUCGUAGUUAGGCAUGAUCAAGGCGUUCGUUCCCAAGAUGCCAGUCCAUCAGUGGAGAUGAAUACACCACUCAAUACUCCAUUACCAUCUAUGAACCAAUCCGAACAAAAUUCUAUGCGUGGCUCAACACUGUCCUUGAUGGCGCGACCUACAUCUCUGGAUACUGGUUCAAAUGCAGCAUCACUCCCAGAAAAAAGAAGUAGCUCAAAUCUCCGCAGCUCUGUUAAAGACACUAACAACAAUAAACGCGAUCCAGCUCACAGCACUCAAGCGCUUUUCCUGUUGGCUGAGAACUUGGCUGAGUUGGUGGAUUCCGUAUGUAAGAGCGACGACAAAGAACGACUUUUGCCAACUCUUAAUGCGGUUUGGGGAAACGUUGUUCCUUAUCUGAGGGCAAAAAAUGCUCGGAAUUCACGGUUUUUCUUAGCAUCCUCUCAGUUAUUGGCAUCGAUGAGCUCGUUUAGCUAUAUGAGGCCCGUUUGGAAGAAAACGACACUUGAACUGUUACUUGAUUCCUCGUUUUUCAAAAUGGACAUGCAAUCUCUGAGGCAGUGGUUGAUUGUGACGGAUCAUCUAAUGACGCAUGACAAAACAUCGUUCAAGGAUCUACUUAAAAGUAUUGCUUACACACCGAACGCAUCCUUCAGUAUUAUGACAUCAAAAGAGCAGGAAUACGAGGCACGUGCACAGGCGGUGAAGCGGUUGGCAUUUGUUGUUCUCGGUUCGGAGCUCGACCAGUAUCAAGCACAAAUGAAUGACAUUCAGGAGCGCCUGUCAGAGAACCUACGUGUAUCACAGUCUCCCUCCAUUCGAUCCGCAGUAUUUUUGUGUAUCCGUGUGUUACUGUUGCGCUUGAGACCACCGAGCUUGAUUGGAAUAUGGCCGAUUAUGGUCACUGAAUUGGUUCACGUACUUCUUCAAAUGGAACAGCAGUUAUGCGCUGAAGGCAAUGGUAUAGAAGAUCUCGGAUGUGCCAGAGACGAUGCGUGGAUGCAACUUUAUCUUGCUGCUUGUAAACUGCUGGAAACAUUAUGCACUUUGCCUGCAGGAUACUUAGCCCAAUUCCAAAUGUGCCACUGGGCUUUUGUGAACUCGGUCUCUACCAGUAAAACUGACAUGUUUUUCCCGUUUGCUGGAAGGAUAAACAAGCUUCUUCGAACGAAGUUCGGGAAGUUGACUCAGGAAGAAUUAGCUAAUCUGUCACCAUCAUUGUGUGGUAUGAAGAUGCUGACAAGUUUUGAAGAACUCCGGCCAUUCUUUUAUGCCCUUGCAACGCAAAAUAAAGCAUUACCAGGAACGCAUGAGGGCACUGGCAGCGAGUCAGCUUUCUUAGCAGGAUCACUUUCAUAUAAAAACGCUGUGCAAAGACUCGAGUAUGCUCUUUAUGUGGAUUUGGCAGAGCACUGGCAGCUUUAA